GGCGGUCCAUGUCAGCAGAGUGCGUGCACUCUUCCUGAACAGAAGCCCGAGAGACAGAUGGUUGAGAAGAGUGGAUAGGCACCUGACAUGUCACUCUCCUCAUAAGCUUGCUGAGCUGAACUCAACUCUGUAGAGAGGGAGAAGACGAUCAAGGGUGCGCGGCAAUGAAGAUGGCGAGCAGUGCGCCCCUGUGUCAGCCUCAUGGUCCUUGUGUUCGUCGGGGAAAGAUGGCAGGCCCGGUCCAGAGCAUCACCCGGGCGGAGAUCGACCGUUUCUGGAGCAGAAAGAAGCUGGAGGAAGAGGAACGCCGGCUCGAUGACGAGAAGGAGGCUGCAAGGAUCAAACUCAAGACUCUCAAGCAAGAAGAAUACAUGCUUUUUGAACAAAGGAUAAACGGGAUUAUAGGCGAGAAAACAGAGACAGCCGAGAUGAUGGAGGAGGGAGAGAUCGCCAGGAACAUCGAGAUACAAAUUGGCACUCAAGGAUUGGUGGAGGAAAAGCAGUUGUGCAUAUCUAAAUGAACCAGCAGUAGCAUCCAUUGAUGAUAACAGGAGUUGGAAGGAUAACACCAGAUAUACUCCACAGAAGAUGCAUUCAAGGUGCUCCCCGCCAGCACUUUACCAGAUGAACUUGACUGCUUUUGGGAUCUUCUAGAUGCUGACACCAAGGAUAAUGUGAAGCAUAGGGAUGCAUUUUCCUUAUGUGUCUCAAUAUGAAUUUGAGUCAGAUAAUAAGUUUGAUGAAAAGGGUACUUCUUGAGUCGAGCAUGGAACAGCCUUAUCAUUUAGGAGUAGCAUGUUUGGGAAUGCAGUGAAUUUUAA